CUGUCUUUCUCCAUCCUGCCUCCCCCUUCUGGUUCCCUGUUAUUUAUUUAUUUAGCGGUGCUGUCUUUGCUGCCUCCUCUCCCCGUGUUGCUGUGUUUUGGAGGUGCACGGGGGCUCCCCCUUUUCUCCCUUGCUCGCAGUGCAGGUAUUGGGGUCCCCCUCACCCUAGCCUCCUGCAAUCAUGAUGGCGGCGGCUCCCAUCCAGCAGAACGGCACCCACAGCGGGGUCCCCAUAGACCUAGACCCCCCCGAUUCAAGGAAGAGACCGCUCGAAGCCCCCCCGGAGGCAGGCAGCACGAAGAGGACCAACACAGGAGAGGACGGACAGUUUUUUCUGAAGGUGCUUAUUCCUAGCUACGCCGCUGGAUCUAUCAUAGGCAAAGGUGGACAAACCAUCGUCCAGCUGCAAAAAGAAACGGGAGCUACAAUUAAGCUAUCCAAAUCCAAAGACUUUUAUCCAGGUACCACAGAGCGGGUCUGUCUAAUCCAGGGCACAGUAGAAGCUCUCAAUGCUGUCCAUGGCUUCAUUGCAGAGAAAAUUCGAGAGAUGCCGCAGAAUGUGGCCAAGACAGAACCAGUCAGCAUUUUGCAACCACAAACUACGGUUAAUCCUGAUCGUAUCAAACAGACAUUGUCAUCAUUACCACCAGCCACCAAGCCCUCUCCAUCAGACCCCAUGACCAUCUCCAGAGCCAGCCAGGUGAAGAUCAUCGUUCCCAACAGCACAGCUGGACUGAUCAUUGGCAAGGGUGGUGCCACUGUAAAGGCAGUGAUGGAGCAAUCAGGAGCGUGGGUGCAGCUUUCACAAAAGCCAGAUGGCAUUAACCUGCAGGAACGAGUGGUAACAGUGAGUGGAGAGCCUGAGCAGAACCGAAAGGCAGUGGAGCUGAUUGUCCAAAAGAUCCAGGAGGACCCACAGAGUGGCAGCUGCCUGAAUAUUAGCUACGCCAAUGUCACUGGCCCUGUUGCCAACUCCAACCCUACUGGGUCCCCCUAUGCCAAUACUGCAGAGGUCCUCCCAACUGCUGCUGCAGCAGCAGGGCUCCUAGGACAUGCAAACCUUGCCGGAGUGGCCGCAUUCCCAGCUGUGCUCUCGGGCUUUACUGGAAACGAUCUUGUUGCGAUCACAUCUGCACUCAACACUCUGGCCAGUUAUGGUUAUAAUCUCAACACACUGGGGCUGGGUUUGAGCCAAGCAGCAGCUACUGGAGCUCUAGCAGCUGCUGCUGCCAGUGCGAAUCCAGCAGCAGCUGCUGCAGCUAACCUGCUGGCUACAUACGCCAGUGAAGCAACUGCAGGAGGUGGCACACCGGGGGGAGCGGCUGGGACGUUUGCACUGGGAAGCUUAGCUGCUGCCACAGCAGCUACUAAUGGAUAUUUUGGAGCUGCUUCCCCUCUAGCAGCCAGUGCCAUCCUUGGCACUGAAAAGUCAACGGACGGCUCCAAGGACGUGGUAGAAAUUGCGGUACCAGAGAACCUAGUAGGCGCCAUACUUGGUAAAGGUGGCAAGACAUUAGUGGAGUACCAGGAGUUGACUGGAGCCAGAAUACAAAUAUCUAAAAAGGGGGAGUUUGUCCCCGGCACCAGAAAUCGCAAAGUAACCAUAACAGGCACACCAGCAGCCACGCAAGCUGCACAAUAUCUAAUUACACAACGAGUCACUUAUGAGCAAGGUGUCCGGGCAGCCAAUCCACAGAAAGUUGGUUAAAUGCCCCCUACUCUCUUUCCCUUCCCUGGAUGUUAACUUAAUUGUUCCCCCUCCCUUCUUUUUAUGGAUGUACUGUAUUUUGCAGGAGCGGUUUAUAUUUUAUUUUUUAUUUGAUUUUGUUUUUGUUCUGUUAUUGGCAGGGGACGUGCGCGUCGGGUUAUUAAUAUAUAAUUAUGCAAAUGAACGCAACAGUGUUGAAAAAGCGCAUCUGUAAAUAAUACAUGUUCUGCGGAUGUUACAGAGAGGGAUUUUUUUAGUGUUUUUUAAUUUUUUAGUUAUUUUUAUUUGAAGCUUUUUGACAGGUUCUCUCUCUCUCUCUCUCGUUAAAGUUUUAUUGUUUACGCGUCAAGAGUAAAAGUUUUUGAAGCCUGCCAUUUUACCAGCAUCGUUGUAGUUGAAAAUAAAUCGAAUGUAUACAUGAAGUGGCGCGUAGGGUUUUAACCCUGUGGAUGCUGAAGGAGCCAGUAGCACAUUGCAGAGCCACAUGUUGCUGGUCCCAUCAGAACCACAAGGUAAUCAGUAUUAGUCCUAGCUAGCGCUAUAAAUUAACUACUGGUUUGCUGGAAAACAGCAGGGGGUUUGGGUGGGGGAGUUACCUAUUAAACAAAAGGGAGUAAAUAAUUUAAAGCACUGUCCAAUUUCUCUCAUAACUCCUGCCUGGUGUGGCAGAGUAUGAGGGAAACAUGUUUUGGAAUAAAAAAUAAAAAAAAAUAGUUUUAAAUUAAAACAAAAAAGAUAUAUAUAUAUAUUAUCAAAAAGCAAUAUAGUUGCAAAAAAGCACUGUAAAAUAUAUAUUAAAAUGGUUAAAACUGUGGAAAAAAGAACCUUUUUUGGUAAGUUUACAGAUCAGUGUCUUCAUAACAAGCUGUAUGACAAAUAUUCCGGCUGGCCAGGACACACUUCUGUCAUCUAUAUCUCAUUAAUCCCAUCAGAAUUACCUUCUCUGAUGGAUGAAGUCUGGUUUUGUGAGGGCUGUGUCUUCUUUUUUUUUUUUAUUCAUUGGGUACCCCACAUGUUGAAAUACUUUAAAACCCCAGUCUGCCACCCUUUCUUAAUAUAAUUAAUGAGCAAAUCCCAUUUGUUACUGUUUCCUACAAUUCUUUUCUUCAAUAAUAUUGUGGUCACAUAUGUAUACAGAAUUCAUAAUGACAAUGUUAAUAUUUUUUUCAGAAUAAAUGAAAUACUUGAGACUUUCCCCUGUAGCCAAAAGCAGCUUGCUUUGGUAUGAGAGGGUUUGUAGGACUGGGGUUUUAAUUUGUCCCUGCAGUGCCUGGCCAGCCAUGCACCAGUAUAUCAUUAACAUCCUCCCCUCUUAGAUAUAGUGCUGUGAGCGUGUUGGAAUUUUUCUAUGCCAAACCACGCACACACACAACAAAUGAAAGUGCCAAUUGUUAGCUGAUGAGGUUUCUUUAUCUGCAACGACUUAGUAAGGGCGUUGCCUUUUUUAAACGCUUCUGAUUGUGUAUCAUUUUGACACUAGCGAUCUUAGUGUUGUCAAUCUAGAUUUUACUGUGAAUAGUAUCUGUGAUUUUUAGCUGUUUUUGAUCCCUCCGGAGCAAGGCUCGACCAGUUGCCGCAGGCUCCGAUAGUUGUUAACCUGCAUGUUCUUUUUCUGUGGGCAUCUCUAUGUCGGCUUCAGUCAGUACUUCCCUGCAUGCUCGUUUAGCUGAGGUAGUGUUCAUUUCCGGCGUGUGUCUACCUGUCGCAGCGCAGGUUCCUCCAAAGGCCAUUUUAUGAUUUGUUUUAUUUUUAGAAUAAGCCUUUUUGUUAUCCAACUUGUCACCUCCUCCAUGUUUCUGAGUGCCAAUUAGCCAGAUCAUUCUGUUAACCUCUGCAUUUUGGGCCACCUCAAGCCACUGAAAAUGUGGCCAUUCAUAAACCCAGCAUCUUCUCAUGCUAUGCAUGCAGUCGUAAAAAUUUAAAUGGACAAUGAAGUAAUUUAAAAAAAAAAUUAAAUAAAAAAAUAAAAAAAAAUAGUAAAUAAUAAUACUAAAAAAACUAAAAUGCUGGCUACCUCUGGAUCAUCAGGCUGAGAAAUCCCCAAACAACAGUUUUCCUUCCAUCUCAACUUCAACCCAUUGAUAACGUCCAUCAUAACCAACUCAGUGACAUUUCCGCUGCUCCUCCUGUGCAACUGAUAACUGAACAAUGAUUGUGAUGUCCUCUCGUCUGGCUUCUCUCUUUCUGAACUGUGAUCUUUUGUUGUUAUUAUUUUUUUCUUUUUCUGUUCAUUGAAGUUAAAAAUGACCUUUCAUCACCAUGCCAGUUUAACAGUGUCAGCAAUGUCCUCUCAUUUGUGGGCAUUGGAAACUUUGGAAAAAUGAUUUACCAUUCCUUUCCUGCUCUGUUCUUCACUUAAUUCCUCUCUUGUUCACCCAUCCUAUCUUCUUUACUUAGCCACUCAUCAUUUACCUUUUAUUUUCCUUUACUCUUCACGUCUUUUUCUUGUCCAUUAGGUUUCAUAUACCCUCCUCAUUUCUUCUUCUGCAUUCUUUCAGUUGCCUAUUCUUUCUACUUUCACUGCCUCUGCCAACAACUAUUAUCACGUUCUUUCCCAAUUAUUUGCCCUUCAUCACUUUCUCUUACCUGCCUUCUAUUCUCCACCAACUCUUCACCUAGCUCCUCUCCUUUCCUGUCUCUGUUUGCUGUUUCAAACCCAACUGCCACCAAAGGGGUUUGCUCUGCACUGUUGUGCUGUGCCCCACCGUGCAUUGCAGACCCCUUGGGUGGUAAGGGAUCCAGCCAUUCCAAUCUGAUGAUCAAGUCAAUUAUUAAUAUAAUUAUUUCUUUUUCUCUCCUUCCAUUCUCACAGUCUCUUUGAUUACAGAAAAAAAAAAAAAAAAACAUUUUCAAGAAGAGAAAACUGAUAUAUAUUAAAAAAAGGAAUGAUAUUGCCUGUUUUUAAAAUGGAAAGAGCAAAGCUGUCGUACAACUGUGUUUUAAUUGGUAAUGGUUAUUUAUCGUUAAUAGUCUCUGUAGCUCUGUAAGUUUUUAUGACAAUACAGUGUAAUAGUGGUUAGCCGAUGAUGCAAAUAUAUUUACUCAUAUCAUUAUAAAUGUGCUUUUUCAUCAUGUA